GCUAAGGGGGAUACACAAGGUGAUAACAAAAGACAUAGGGAAUGGAAAGUAAUCCUUCACAAGACUGUUGGUGACCGUUGUAGAUCUGCUAGAGUUAACCAGUCCAUUUUAAAUGACUUGUUAAAUCUCAAUCUCAUUGACGAGCAGGCUAAAAAUAUUAAAGUACCUUUUGUGCAGGUAUGUGAUACAAGUGGUCAAAUAUUAAUUGAAGAUUUGAUUGAAAGCUUCUAUGUAGUAUUUCCUGAACCAAAAUUUGAGCUUCCUACAAGGCUUCUGCAUAUUAAAAGGCUCAAAUCUGCUGUCAAUAUUACAAAUUAUAUUAUGGAUAUGUAUGAGCAAACAAAUGAAAUAGCAGAAACUCAAGAAAAUACAU